AUGAAUAGAUUGCAAGAGAAUAUUAAAAGUCUUGAGGCCAGUGCACAAGCUUGCCUUGAGGCGGCGGACGAUCAAACCCAAUUCUACGAACGAUGUCAUGACUUUACGACCUCCAUAAACAAACACCUAGCGGCAGCACAGCCUGAUCAAGUUCAAGUAUUAACUUACUUAAAGCAGACUUUAUUUCCUACUCAACCUCCGGCACGUCUGACCAAGGUCGUUCAGAAUAUAUCAUGGGAUCUAUUCAGACUGGUGAUACCAUUUGUGGAAAACGAAGCAGAUACAUCUAAAAUUGCACAAGAAAUUAUCCGUAGCAUUGCUGACUUUGGAAGGCCCCGAGAGAUUUAUAUGGCAGGCAUUGAGAUUUUAACACUUCUUGAAUGGAAUGGGAAAGAGCAGCAGGCGCUUAAACGAGUAGAAGUUGUAUCAAAAGUUUUAAUGAUAGAACGUCGAUCUCUGAUAAAAUUCCUUCCUGACGCUGCUAAGGCCUACAUACGUAUUUGGCGAUGCUUGAAGAUUGUAGACUCCGUUCUAAAAGAUCGCAUGCUGUCACACCUUAUCUUGGUUUCGGAAUGGUUUACUUCUCUGUUUAAUUUUAUUGACUGCAAGACCGAUCUCACGCUUUCAUCCGCUCCAUCGGAUGAUGUAAACUAUGAGUAUUAUAUUGCAACAUAUUAUUUAAUACAUGCAAUAGAGUGCUACGUUGAUGCAUACAGCAUUCCAAUGUCGGAGAUGUACUAUGAAAGAUUUCAUCCAAAGUAUUAUCGGAUACCAGGAAAGGCAAAAGCGGGUGAUUCAAUAAGAAGUGAGGACAAGGAGAAUCUUGAAAAGCUCAUAAGACUGGCGAUCAAUAAUUAUGUUACUACCAAUCAACUAUUGAAUUAUUAUGUUUAUCAUAACGAUGUUAGUGAAGUCGACUAUAGACAUGAAAGACGAGAACGAUCAGAAAGUGGCAAAGUUUUCUACCACAGAGCUUUCUAUAUCGGGCGACAUCAUCUUGUCGUACUUUGCGUGUGCUAUCUUCUGUCAAACACUUCUGUCAUCGAAGAUAAUGCUGCCACUGACAAUAUCGCCGUUAUGGAUCCUGAAGAAAUUGAUGCCGAUAGUUGUGAACAGAUUACCAAACGAAUACCUCAAGCUCUACAUUAUCUUGUUCUCACUAGUGAGGAAAAAGAAAGACUAGUUGCGGACAGGACAUUAUUGGUUCUCAUAUUUCUUGUUGAGAGAAUUGAAGAGAACUCGAUUACCAAUGAAUAUCUUGAUCAGGAGUUGAGUGGCGCCGAUGUCCAGGCAUCAAUUCUGAUAAAGGUUAUAGCCUCCUUUGCAUCUACUUCGUCAAACGAGUCACUUCGCUUCAUAGCGUUCCAGCUUCUUUCUCGGGUAAUUGCCAUAUGCACGGAUGAUGCAAAGGUGUUUCUUCUGAAUGAACUUCUAAAUACUUGCCCAUUCGAGACAAUGAGGUGUGCAACAAUCGGACUCGUGAAGGAAAUUGUUGCAAACAGCUUAGAGCGAGCUUCUCAAGUGAAGCCAUACUCUUCGAUUUUCGCAAGUACGUAUAUGGUCGAAACCUUCUUUCCACGUAUUUUACGCUUUGAUCCUCCGACCGUAAUUCGAGAUGAAUCCGAUUUCAUGGAGAAGUAUAGCUAUAUCAUUCAUGGUCUUAAUUUCUAUCUUUUCGUCUUGAUGAGAGAUGUUCAGAACCUUACUGGUGUUUGGGAUGACAUUCAAAUACGCGAUACGAACAAAGAAUUCCUAGAUCCCUUGGAGAAAAAGGUUCGAGAGUGGGUCAAAUCGCUUGAAGAAAAGUCGAGAAAAUUUGAAGAAACAUUAACAGAUAUUUGUCAAGUGGAUUUGCAGUCGCAGCUGGAUGCAUGUUCUGAAACAUCUGAAGUUAAAUUAACACCUGUACAGGAGUAUCAGGCGUUACACAAUAAGGUGAACAAUCUGUAUAUUCUGGAAAAUGUCUUGGCAUCUAUGAAUCUUCAACGACCGUUCCCUGACAACGUUCUAUUCUGCAUCUUCCAACAAUUUCCCGAUAAUGAUGCAGGCGAAGAUGCGCUAUGUUCAUGUACCCUUGUUAACAGACAAUGGUUUUCAAUUGCUGCAAAGUUCUACUGGCUAAGACCGUUCAGUUCGACCUCAAAGACAAAACGAGGAAUGGUCAGUGUCAGGGCAUUUUUGAGUCUAUUGAAUAGUGUCGAAAGGCGUGAGAUUUCGGUCAAGCUACCAGAAAAAUGGAUAAACCCUACUAUAGCGUAUCCGUCGUAUGUAAAGGAUCUUGAUAUCUGUGGUCUUAUCCAUGAUGUAUACGAAUGGCUAUGGUUGCAGUUAGACAAACUAUUGCAACCGAAGAAAAGAGUAAUGGUCAUCUAUUCAGCUGUACAUGCUAUAUUAAAAAUGCUUAAAAGAUACUCUGUCAAUCUGAACACUUUGAUAAUACAUAAGACAGAUUUCCUACACGAAGUCGAUGAUAUUUUACAAGUUCUACUUGAUCCAGAAAUUCACGAAUUAGUCUUGCCCAUUCGAUCAUUGAGGGUCUAUGUAAAUGCUUAUUGGAAUAUGAAAGUUGCAACGCCAAUACUUUCUCUCGUCAACGAUUGUAAAUUCAUUACUCAAGUCAGCAUAUCCAUUGAACGUACAAAACAUACCCCUCGCCCGCUCACAAAGUUUAUUCGAACACAUCCUGGCUUCGAAGUUCUUCGACUUCGAUUAUUCUUCAUUUACGAAGCACGAGCAUUUAAGCAAAUAGUCUCGACUAUUGCAUUCCACUCCAAGACAUUGCGACAUUUAGAAUUGGCGUGGAUUGACUUUUGUGGUUCAGGACCACUGCAUAUGAUUGCUGCUUGUCAACAACUGGAAAUUUUGAAGAUAAUGAUGUGUAGGAAGAUUUCUGUUAAAGCGGCUGAGCCGUUGAUUAAUGCAAAGUUUCCGUGUUUGAAGAGCGUUGAGGUUUCCGGGUGCGAUUGUCCAGAGCUUGAACAAUGGGCACAAACUGUUAAUGAAAGGAACU